AUGUCAGUAACUCCCACCAAUAACGGUUCUGUGGGUACAGGCGGUGGAGGUUUACAUCAGGAGAUUCACGCAGCUAUUGAUCAAGUUGAACAUUUAAAAGUUUCAGAAUUAAAAGCCGUUUGUAGGUCGAUAGAACUGCCGAUUACAGGCAGAAAGGCAGUUUUACAAGAUAGGAUAAGGGCGUACUUAAAGAAUUCAUGUUCUAUUGGACAUAUAGAUCCAUGGAGGCCCAAGACAAUACGUGUUUUGAUAGAUAAGGCUAAAUUAGGUGAACUCUUACCGAAAUACGAAAUUUUAUGGCAAACUUUGAGAAGUGGAGCUUAUAACCAUCCGGUGGCUAUAGGUGCUGAACCGGUUGGCGUACUAAAUCAACAAGAUGGAUCAGUAAGUGGUCAAGAUCAAUACGUGGUAGGGGAUCCAUCUGCAUAUACGUCAUAUCGAACCGUUAGUCCUGAAGAGCUCAGUAUUACUGGUGGCAGUAGGACGGCGGCACCUAAAAAUCGCUAUAUGCAUUUCAAGGAAUCACCUUUUUACAGGAUUAAAAAACUGAUACAGGAGACUGCACAGAAGCUAAACGUCACCAAUGUAAGAGGUACAUGUGUUGCGAAAUGGAGGUUUACGAAAGCCGAUUGGACUCUACUAGAAUCAGAUGAAAAAUAUAAAGUAUAUUUAUUUUGUGGUAUGGUAGAUCCCCAAACGGGUUUCCAAUCGAAUCAACCGAUUCAAUUUCCUCAUCCUAAUGAGAUACGAGUUAAUAGUGUUCAAGUAAAGGAUAACGUCAGAGGCUUAAAGAACAAGCCAGGUACCGCAAAACCAGCAGAUUUAACGCCUUAUUUGAGACCACCAACACAACAAAAUAGUUUGGAAGUCAUUUAUGCAUUCACGAAGAGUGAAUAUUUCAUCUACGGCUAUAUAGUAGAGCAAGUUACUCCCGAGGAGUUAUUACAAGAAGUGCUGCGACAUCCCAAGAUUCUGAAGGCUGCCACUUUGCAUUACAUUGAAAAGACUUUAAACGAUGAAGAAGAUGACGAUUUAGUUACUACAUCUACAGUGAUGACAUUACAAUGUCCGGUCUCUUACACAAGGAUGAAAUACCCUGCCAAAUCAAUUAUGUGCAAACAUCUACAAUGUUUUGACGCCCUUUGGUACAUCUACUCACAGAUGCAAAUCCCCACAUGGCAAUGUCCUGUUUGUCAAAUAGAUAUCGAUUUGAAGCAUUUAGCAGUCUGUCAAUUUGUGGAUGAAAUUUUAAAAAACUCCGAUGAGGAUACAGAGCAAGUGGAAUUGUCAUCAGAUGGAUCUUGGAAGCCUGUGGUGGAAGAACCUCCUAAGCCAGCAGAGCGACCAUUACCAACUACUCAUUCCACAAGUGUGAAACAAGAAAAUACUGAUGAUGAUGAUAAUAGGGCACUUGCUGAUCAUUCCAGAGGAACUUCACCUUCCAAUGAACCUGUAGUUAUAUCACUCGAUAGCGAAUCAGAAGAAGAUGAGCAAAUGGAUCCACCACCACAACAGGAGUCAGAUCCUGCCCCUCCACGAGCGCAGGAACCUACAAGACAGGAAUCGUUAAGGACAUCGGCUGCGACGUCUUAUGUGGAUGACAAUACAUCACAGCAUACUUUAGAUCCGAGAGCUAAUCAGACCAUAACACCAACCGCUCCCAGGCAAAACUCACUUGGUGCUGAUAACAGUUUAGACUAUGUGGAACGCCGUCAAGGAGUACCCAAUAUAUUAGGUAAAACGCCCCUAAACAAUGGUGAAGAUACUUCAAAUCAAGAUACCCCUUUAGCGGAGGAAGGACCCAGCUCACCAACACCUAAUUCUUCUACGAGGGGCAUGUUUACACCAGCAGCUACCAAUAGCCCGGCAGGUAAUGACCAAUGGUCUAAUGAUGAAAGACCUGUGUUCAGGUCACACAGUGGGACUCUGGAUCCAAGAGCUAGUGGAAUUUAUGAAUCUAGUGAGAAUAAUCACAGUGGUUCAAAUUCUAUGCUGGGUAUGACGGGACAAAUAAGUGGUCCUCCAGGUGAUGAUUCAGGCGGUCCUUCACCAAGCACAAAUAACAGUAGUAAUAAUCUCCUUGGUAUAUCUGGGAAUUUGAGCUCAUUCAGACCAGAGGAAUCACAAUCAUACGAACCCCAAAAGCAACAGCAACAGCAACAGCAUCAACAACAAUAUCAACAAGCACCACCAUUGCCACCACUACCAGAUCCAAAAGUAAGGCAACCAAGCCGGCCACCGAUCCCUGGUAGAACGAGAAAACCCGUGGUAUCACCUUUUUUACCACCAAAACCUUACUUAAACAUGCUCCCGCGCAAGAGACACAUUUCUAAUUCUCCCAAUGGAGGCCCAAGACCGAGCAAUGAACCGCCAAUGGGUUCGCAACAGUUGGGAGUUUCGAUGAAUGAUCCGAAUACAGUUGGUAAUGUUGAUACUAGUGGUGCCCAUCGAGGUGGUGCAACAAGAAUUUCUGGUCGUGACGACGUAAUAGACCUGACAUCGGAUUGA